UGGCUGCUAAUUUCAACAACUGCCAGUGGAAUUUCCUAAUAUUUGUUUAUUUUAUAAAAAAUCUUUUGCAAAAAUCGAAAAUAUCAUGGAUAAAUGGUUAAGAGAUCGUUUGUCAACUUGUUUGGACUUUGAGGUGCCAGAUGACAUGAUUAAGUAUAUUAUAUCCAUGAAAUCGUCCGCCGAAUUUGAUGAGUAUUUUGAGACUUUAUUAAACAAGGAAUGUGAAGACCAUCGUUUGUUUUUGUCCGAUUGUAAACAAAGACUCUUUAGCAAGGCAUUGCCCAACAAAAAGCAGCAACAAAACACCAACACUCAAAAGAAAGCACAAGGGCAUGGCUCUUCCACCAUAAAACAAAAUCAGUCUACUGCUGGAAGUGUGCCAGGCAACAAAGCAUCGCACGAUGCAAAUCAGCCACAACAGAACACACAAUCGCAGGGAGCCAAAAAGAAAACCAAGUAUGUAAGUCUGUAUACGAAUGAUGGUAAUGUGGUGGAUGCCAUAAUGCUGAAGGGAAGACGCCUGUGCAAUUGUCAGGCUUCACAACAUAAACUGGUGAACAAUUGUUUGAGUUGCGGCCGCAUUGUAUGCGAACAAGAGGGUAGUGGUCCUUGUCUAUUUUGUGGCGAAUUAGUUUGCACCAACGAAGAACAGCAAGUUCUGAAAUCAUCGGGCAAAAAAAGUGAUAAUCUUUUAAAAUCCCUCAAGGAAAAGGGUGGUGGUGAGGCUUUGAAAAAGGCUCUAGAGCAGAGAGAUCGUCUGUUGGAGUACGAUCGUAAUAGUGAGAAGCGUACCACAGUAAUUGAUGAUGAAUUGGAUUACUUUGAGGAGAAUUCCGUAUGGCAUUCGGAUGAACAGAGGGCCACAUUUGAACGACUUAAGCAGGAAAUGCAUGAUCGUAAACAUGCAAGUCGUAUUAAUCGUAAAAUUAAAAUUGAUUUUGCCGGCCGUGAAGUGGAUGAAGAUGUUACUAUUAGUAAGGAAUAUGAGCGUGAUGUUUUGAAGGAGGUGGCAGCAAUCAAUGCGAAAUCUGACAAUUCCAGUAAUUGGUCUAACCGUAAACAUUCUGAUAAAUGGGAUAAUGCGGGUGAAUUGGAUCCCAAUAUGGAUGCUGCGCGUCCAAUAUAUAGGCCUUCGGCUGAGGAAAAGGCUAAAAGCAAGGGGCCUACAUUAAAUGAUGGUCUUGAGCGCAUUUACAAUCGUGUUCAGGAUAAGGAACUAAUGGAAAUGCAAGAUAUGCGUCAGUGUUUGUCUAUGCAUCAGCCAUGGGCCUCUCUGCUGGUGGCGGGCAUCAAGAAGCACGAAGGUCGUGUUUGGUAUAGUGAACAUCGUGGUCGUUUAUGGAUUGCAUCUACUGCUAAAGAACCCAGAUCAGAAGAGAUCCAAGAACUCGAGAACUUUUACAAACAAUAUUAUAAUGAUCCUACAAUAAAAUUCCCGGAACAUUAUCCCACUGGUUGUCUAUUGGGUUGUGUUAAGGUUGAUGAUUGUUUGGCCCAAGAAGAGUAUCGCGAUAUUUAUCCUGCAGGAGAAUCAGAUUCCCCAUAUGUUUUUGUGUGCUCAAACUUUGAACAAUUGCCGGUGGUGUUUCCAAUUAAAGGACAACAUAAGAUAUAUCAAAUUGAUCCUAAAAUUCAUAAUGCUGCCUGCAAGACUUUGAUGCGCAUGAAGGCCACCAAGGGUUAAGUGAAAUCGUGGGGUUAAAUAAUAACAUUCCUUCAGGAUAGAUUGUAAACAUGGAAGCUGAAAUUUAUAAACUGAAUUAUGUUUUUGCUGGCUGAGAUUAUGCAAAAUCUUUUUGUUUGAAUAAAAUUAUUAAAAUAUAUGUAUAAUAAAAACUAAAAAA